UGUUGACACUAAAAAACAAACCAAAGUAAAUUAUUGUCAUUUUUUCCCUGACUUUUGUGUCUUGUUAAGUGAAAGGUAAAUUUACUCAAAGUUAAUGUCAAGCCCUGGUUAAUGCUGGCUAAAAGUGAGCAGCUGAUACCUGAAUGUUUUGUACACUGCUCUUUGCUAAAGAUAAAUUAGCAGAGCUUAGGGAAUCUGUGUAUUUUGUAGGGGUGUAACGGUACACAAAAAUCGCGGUUCGGUAUGUACCUCGGUUUUGAAGUCACGGUUCGGUUCAUUUUCAGUACACUAAGGGGAAAAAAAUGCAAAACUCCCAACAAGUAAAGAAAAGAAGCAACAAAAAUGUGCUUGUUGUUUAUUAUGAACUUUUGUAAAUAAUCAGUUUACAAUUUUCCAAAACCUACCCGCUAACUCACUAAUGAGCAAUGUCGGCACACUACUUCCGUCUUAUUCCCUUGUUUUUGUUCGUUGUUGUAUUUCACCCGGAAACCGAGUGUUCCCAAACAGGAGACCUUAAUGAUAACCGAGGGUCUCUACAUUGUCCAUGACGCUAGCUAGCGAGAGGCUUGGAGAAGCGUACUGUGUGCAAAGUGUGUGUAAAGCGCUCAAAGUGCAUGGCGGAGACUAAACAAAACCUCUGGUCCGCCACUUAAUAUGUUCGUGUGGGAACUCGGAAUUGAAGUAUGUUCCCCACGCAAAACAAGCCUAAUCAUUUCUGUUAAAGAUUGCAUUUGGUCUAUUUUCAUAUUAUACUGGCAUAUUAAGUGAAAUGUACACACUGUAUGGGACUGGGUAUGGUAAAGGAGAGAUGUGCUGCAAGACUAGUUGGCUGAGGUUUUGACAAAACGCAGUGGACGAUAUAAGUGUAUAAAUGUUAUUAUUUCAUAUUCAUAUUAUUAUAAACUUAAAGCUGACAAUGUGUACUACCUUUUUUUCAAGGGCUUCAUUCUCCUAAGCACCAAUCUGCCUGUGUGCAUUAGACAAUGUUCAAUUCAAGUUGAAAUAGCACCGACGUGUAUGUGGAACAUGUAUAUUGUUUUGGAUGGUCGAACAGCGUUUUUUUUCUAACAGAGGUACAGAUGAACAUUCCCAUUCCGAAAUGUGACAGGAUGCUGAACCAUCACUGCAGAAGGAACCCUGAGCUUCAUGAGGAGCUGCAGAUCCAGGCUGCAGUGGCAGCGGGGGAUGUCUGCACCGUCAGGAGAAUGCUGGAGCAAGGAUACUCCCCUAAGAUCCGCGAUGCCAACGGCUGGACGCUGCUCCACUUCUCCGCCGCCAAAGGAAAAGAGAGAUGUGUUCGAGUCUUUCUUGAGCAUGGAGCUGACCCCACAGUGAAGGACUUUAUCGGUGGCUUCACAGCACUUCACUAUGCCGCUAUGCAUGGCAGAGCGCGCAUCGCCCGACUCAUGCUGGAAUCCGAGUUUCGCAGUGACAUUAUAAACGCAAAAAGCAACGAUGGCUGGACGCCACUGCACGUGGCCGCCCACUACGGCCGCGACUCGUUUGUACGCCUCCUCCUCGAGUUCAGGGCCGAGGUGGACCCGCUGAGUGACAAAGGGACCACACCACUACAGUUGGCCAUCAUCCGUGAGCGCUCCAGCUGUGUACGGAUCCUACUGGACCACAGUGCCAACAUUGACAUUCAAAACGGCUUCCUGUUGCGAUACGCCGUCAUCAAAGGCAAUCACUCGUACUGCCGCAUGUUCCUGCAGAGGGGAGCGGACACUAAUCUCGGACGUCUUGAAGAUGGCCAGACCCCCUUGCACCUGUCUGCCCUCAGGGACGAUGUGCUGUGUGCCGAGAUGCUCUACACGUACGGGGCUGAUACCAACACCAGGAACUACGAGGGCCAGACACCGGUAGCUGUGUCUGUUAGCAUGUCUGGGAUCAGCCGGCCUUGUCUGGACUUCCUACAGGAAGUCACCAGACAACCUCGGACUCUACAAGACUUGUGUCGAAUAAAAAUCCGUCACUGCAUUGGCCUUCAAAGCUUGAAAUUGCUGGAGGAUCUACCGAUUGCAAAGGUUAUGAAAGACUAUUUAAAACACAAGUUUGACAAUGUGUGAAGGCAACAACAAUAGGAGGAGAGGGUGACUAAAACUCUCUGCUAUCAUUUAUAAAGACUAUGCAAUCACUAUGCUCUUUGUCUGGAAGGAAUGUCCACAGGUCUGUUGUGUACAUGCCGAAGGAAGGAUAGUUAGUCCAGUUUGGUCGUCCAGAGUUUUCUGCCCGCUUUUCAUUUCAGCCUUUUUACAGUUCGAACAGUGGCUGUAAAAUGGAAAUGGGCCCACCUCUUGAGCUAAGGUAAUGGUUUAUUUUGGAAAAAAGAAAACCUCAUUUGACAGAUAGCAUUGUUACUACAGUUUGCAUUAUAAACAUUUAUGUUGUCACUGUAAACGUGCAUGAUUUUAUCCUCGCUGCGUCUGAUUGUCAUCAAGUGCAUACUUGCCAAUGAGUCUUUUUAUACUAUUAUAGGCUAAACUCAAACUCAAAUUGCAGCAGUGAUGAUGAUUUUCUUUCUGUCUCAAAAAGUGUUGAGCUACUUGACAAAUGAUAGCUUUAAAGAAACACUCGACAAGGUACACUCCCUGAUUUUGUUUCAUCACCCAGUAGUGACUCUACUUCCCAUAAUAGCCAGGUUCCAAACCUCUGAUUCACUACCAACAUCUCUAAUUGUUCAGAGUUUUUAAGCAAAUAGCACUCAUGUUGUGCCCCUUGAGGGGUGGGGGGUCAACUUUUUCUCCAGUGCGUAAAUGGGGCGUGCUUCAAAGAACCGAAGUCUUCGAAUCCUUACAGUACAUCUUGCUUGUUUAAUGUAAUGAUUCUGUGAUACUGUGUACAGAUUAAACUAAU